AAUAAGGUAGCUGUUUGCUACCAAAAUUACGACUUGAGAAAUUAGUUUUGACAACAACUUGGACACGACGAUGUGGUGGAGAAAUAAUUUUCAAAUUCUAUUUGGACUUGUUUUGAUAGGUGUGACCUUUGUGCGGUCCUUUGAACUCUAUAAGAAUUAUAAAAUUUACAAUGUUUAUGCCCAAGAUGAACAUCAAUUGCGCAGCCUGUACGAGCUGAGUAAGGCGAAUCGAAAAUAUGACUUCCUAAAUGUGGCCCGACGUCCGGAGGAUAUUUCCAAGGUAUUAAUUCCACCUCAAUUGAAUGACGAGCUGAGGGAAUCCUUAGAACGCCUCCAAUUGAAUUUCACUUUGCUGCACGAUGACAUUUCCGAGGUGAUACUCAAGGAACGCCAGGAAAAUUUACGCAACACCCCGCCCGAGUAUCCUUUGAAUGCUUUCGAACGUUAUUAUCGUCAUGAUGAAAUCAAUACCCAUUUGGAGGUAUUGGCUCAGCUCUAUCCCACAAGGGUGUAUGUGAAAACUUUUGGUUGGUCAUAUGAGAGACGUCCCCUGAAGGUCAUUACCAUUACAAAUGGUGAUAAACGCCACGAUAAGAAGGUCAUCUUUGUUGAUGCCGCCAUGCAUGCCCGUGAAUGGAUAACCCCCGCCAUGACCCUACACAUUAUGCGUGAACUGUUGGAGAAUUAUGAAAAUAACAAAGACCUGUUGGAAGAAUACGAUUGGGUGAUACUACCCGUGGUCAAUGCCGAUGGCUAUGAAUACAGUCAUGAAGUGUCUCGUUAUUGGCGUAAGACACGGCGUCCCAACAACGUGGGAGUGGGUGAAGAGGAGUGUUAUGGCACAGAUCCAAAUCGUAAUUUUGACCAUCAUUGGGGAUGGGAGGAGGGAGCUUCUCCCGAUCCCUGUGAUGAAACCUAUCAUGGUGAUAAGGCAUUUUCCGAACCCGAAACUCAGGUGGUCAGGGAUAUUUUGCAUACCUAUCGGGGACGUAUGAUGUGGUAUUUGACCCUUCACUCCUAUGGCAAUUAUUUUCUACUGCCUUGGGGUCACACAAAUGAAUUACCCGACAACUAUUUCGAUAUGAUGGAUGUUGCCGAUGCUGCUGCCAUGGCCAUUGUCAGGGCCACCGGUAGCAGUUACACCUAUGGCAAUACUUAUCAAGUUAUGUAUCCCACAUCGGGUGAUUCCGCCGAUUAUGCUGUGGGCGAAGUAAAGAUACCCAUUGCCAUAUGCAUUGAAAUGUCUGCUGGUGGCUUCUUGGGAUUUGAUCCACCCGUAAGACAAAUUGAACAAAUCCUAGAGGAAACUUGGAUUGGUGUGCGUGCAAUGGCCGAAGUUGUAAUAGAGAAAUAUUGAAAAUUGUUUCCAAUUUUU